AUAUUCAGCUUCUUCAUUUAAAGAUAGAGAAGCAAAACCAAGCUACUAAAAUGGAAGAUUAUCUUAAGCUAUUUCCCUCUAAUGCCUCUGUUUUAGCUGCAUACUCCUCCAUUUCAACUUCUUGGGUAUUACUUAAAACUGCAUAUGAUCAAAUCAUACCAAGAAAGCUUCAAGAUUUUCUAGUCUCAAAAUUUAAGUACUACUUCUCCCGUCAAAAAUCAUAUGCCACCUUUAUAAUCGAUCCUGCAGACUCUUGUGGGAUCGGCCGUAACGAGCUUUUUGAUGCAUCAAGAGCUUAUUUAUCAACCAAAAUCGGACCUAGAAAUCGGAAAAUCAAGAUUGGUAAAUCAGAGCAGCAAAAGAAUGUGUCCACUGCAAUUGCAGAAGGAGGAAAUAUCAGAGAUACAUUCCAAGGCAUAACUAUUACAUGGACAUAUUAUCUUCAAGACCAGCAAAGAAAUGACAGUAAAUCGAAACCUCCAAAAUCUUAUUACGAAAUAACAUUUGACAGUAAACAUUGGAGUAAAGUUCACAAUGAGUAUUUAAUCCAUGUUUUGAACACCCACAAGGCUUUGAUGCAAAAGGAAAAGGUUCUGAAGUUAUACACAAGACUUGAUUUUUACUAUGGUAAUAAAGGAUGGAAGCCUGUCGACUUCCAUCAUCCAGCGUCGUUUGAUACUCUUGCAUUGGAUCCUGAACUGAAGAAAUCGAUUAUAGAUGAUCUUGACAGGUUUCUGGAAAGGAAAGAGUUUUAUAAAAGAGUUGGUAAGGCUUGGAAAAGAGGAUACUUGCUUUAUGGUCCUCCUGGAACUGGAAAAUCAACCCUAAUCGCAGCUAUGGCUAAUUAUUUGAACUUUAAUAUCUAUGAUUUGGAGCUUGCUAGUAUUAGUUGUGAUACUGAUCUAAGGAAGUUAUUAUUAACUAUAACUAAUCGAUCAAUACUCAUAAUCGAAGACAUAGAUUGCAACUCAGAAGUGCAUGAUCGAUCUAAGACUAUUAAUGUCAAAGAAGAAAAGCAACAUUACCGUAAGACAUUUACACUGUCAACUCUUCUUAAUUGUAUCGAUGGAUUGUGGUCAAGUUGCGGAGAAGCAAGAAUCAUAGUGUUUACUACUAAUCACAAAGAAGUUCUGGAUCCUGCAUUGCUUCGUCCUGGCCGGAUGGAUAUGCACAUUCACAUGUCUUAUUGCACCAUUAAAGCCUUCAGAGUCUUGGCUUUUAACUACCUUGGCAUCCAUGAACAUAAACUCUAUCAGGAAAUUGAUGGGUUGAUUGAGAAUACGAAUGUGACUCCUGCUUCUUUGGCUGAGGAACUAACGAAGAGUGAUGAUGCUGAUGUUGCUCUUGGAGAAGUUGUCAAUUUCCUUAAGCGAAAGAAGAGAGAGCAAGAACAGCAAAUUGAAGAGAAAAAUAAGAAGAGCAAAUUGAAGAGGAAAAUCAAGAACAGAGGACUAUUCCUGAAUUUUUAGCUUGUCAUUUUAUAAUUACAGCUUUUCUUAUCUUUUUAUUAAACAGUAAUAGAGGAUAUCAUAUAUUAAUUGCAAUUAGAUUACUUUUUAUAAAGAGAAAUAUUGAUAUAGAGAAUCAAUGAAUAAAAAUAAUCUCACAUAACUAUUAA